ACUGGAAAGUUAAGCACAAGAUAAAUAAAACAAAAAAUAGUGGUGUCCUACGUCUCCCGAUUUUUGGUUUUAGGAAUCAAAAUUUAGUGUUAUAUUUAGAGUUUAGCUCGUUUUUAGUAUAUUCUAGCAAUAAUAUCGAUAAGUUCGGCUCGUAUAGCUUCGCAAAACUUAUGAAAUGGCUAUGGAUCAAUAGCAUGAUACACAAUAGUGAAAUGACUGUUUCCCCUCUUGCUCAAUAAUUAGUGAUUAUUGUGAAUGGUGAUAGAUUUCGUUCAUUACAUUCGUAGUUCGUCAUUAUAAAAAGCAAUAUUGGCGUGGAACAAUCGUACCAUAAUGAAUUCCAAUAACCACAACCCACAUCGUAGAAACUCCUCAAAUUUCAACAGGCACAACAACAACCACCCGAAUCGCUCCAAUCACCCGAUCAACCAUCCCCACAACCACCAAAAAUGGCCCAGCAGAUACCCCAAAGACUACAAUAGAGAGUACGAAACAAAUUUCUCCCGUCGCGAAUGCCUCGUCGCUCCGAACGGCAGCCCCAAGGAGCCCAAUCACCUGCACAGUUACCCGAAGAACCCGCAGCUCAGUCCGGGGGCCCGCAACAACCACAAUCACUACGGCAACGAAGCCUCGGGCAUUCAACACCAGCAUCCGGCGGUGCGCGUGGUACCAAUGUCGCUCGGCCACGGCGCCACCGGCGGCGCCCAGAACUACCACGGAGGCGGCGGAGGUGGCGGAGGCGGCGGCAGUUCUCUAGCGAACAACGCCGAACGCAGGCACAUGCCGAGCCUGAUCGACCGCCGCCACAUAUCGCCGCCAUUGCACAUCAACAUCUGCGAGAACGGCAACGGCAUGAUGAACAUGAACCAGCCGCCCUCUGACGGCAUGCAGAUGCACCAGCGCGCCAUGAUGGACUUCUCGCACGGCCGCAGGCGGCACGGAAUCGACGUUCGCGUUAGCCCGGUGCAUUUCCAACAACAUUCGCCGCCGUUCUACCGGCAAUCGAGCGACGAUUACAUAAAGAGCGAGAGUCCGUCGUGCAAACGCAGGCGUUUGUCGCGCUCCGGCCAUCACAUCGAUUUGAACGUGCAACCGCCGUCGCCGCCGCGACGCUCGCCCAGGCAACAUCCGCCGUCCACGUCGCACCAACCCAUGCAGGUACCGGUGACCAUUCCGGUGAACCGCGAGGCGGUGUGGAGCUACUCGACGUCGCCGCACGUCUCGAUAUGCACGGUGCCGCCGAGCGCGCCGCCCCACAUGCACAACUGCCAUUUGCACAACGUCUACGCGCACGCCGUGCCGCCGCUGGUGCCGCAACAGUUCCCGCCCGGCUGCAUACCCCAUCAGACGUUCGCCGCGUUCGGCCCGCCGCCGCCCGCCAACGCCGCCGUCCCGAUGCCCGCCCAGCACUACGCCCACCAGCGCAUCCCCCAACAGCGACCCGAUGCGUUCGAGUUGGAUUUGCUCAACGACCAUCACCAUCAUCACCAUCACCACGCUCACGGCCAUUCGGCCGUGCACGGCGCCUCGUCGUUGCACGUGCCCCCCAUCCAGAUGUCCUCGCCGGCCUCGCUCUUCCUGUCGACGGAGACUCGCGCCGGUCCGUUGGAUUUGUUGCACGCGGCGCGGUCGCGGCAACACCGCAACGCCCGCCUGCCGCCGCCUCGUACGCGCUGGCACCACAGCCCGCCGCUGAUAGCGGCCCCUGCCGGAUUCCUGUUGCAUUUCUUUACGAUGUUUUCGAAUUCGCCGAUGUCGCCGUUCAGCCAGAGCAGCUCCGAUUCGACCGAAACGGAGAACUACGAGGCGCUGUUGAAUCUGGCCGAGCAAUUGGGCGAGGUGAUACCGCGCGGUCUGAGCAAAUUGGAGAUCGAACAGCUGGUGAGCUACAAGUUCGACGAGGAGACGCACGAGGGCGAUCAGACGUCGUGCGUCGUUUGCAUGUGCGAUUUCGAGGCUCGUCAGGUGCUCAGGGUGUUGCCGUGUUCGCACGAAUUCCACGCCAAAUGUAUCGAUAAAUGGUUGAGAUCAAAUAGAACCUGCCCGAUAUGUCGGGGCGACGCUUCGGACUACUUCACCAAUAGUGAAUAGUUAUUUUUGCCUUUUUCACACAAAUUACCACUUCUAUAUAUAUACAUAUAUAUUUUGAAGAUAUCACCAAUUGCAACGCUUUAAAAGUAAUUUUUGUGUCAGGUGCCAUUAGUUGCCAGUAAUAAAUAGAAUAAAUGUCAUUUUAUUUUCGAUUAAUAAUAUUAAUAUUAUAAGUAAUUGUUAUUUUUAAGGAUGCAGCAAUAUUUUUAAGGUGUCUGAUGAUUUUUCUCGAUUCCACCAUCACCUGAUCUCUAUUUAAUACACCUAAAUGUGUGCAAAAAAAUCUUCUCUCCGUCCUACAAAUAGACGAAUUGUUUUCCUAACAAAGCAUCGUAUUUAGUUUUUUUUAAUUCAAAAGGGGAAACAAUUUCUCUAGAACACAAUACAAAUCUAUUUAGAAAUGUUAUUUUCGGAUAUUUAGGCAGCUGCUACCUGCCUAUAAUCGUUCGCAAAAUAUUGAUUCAAUUGAUCUCAAAAACACGUACGAAUUUUAUCAAUAUUGUGAACUUAAGGGCAAGUUCAAAAAAUAAUCAACGCGAGUGCAAAAUCAUCGGACACCCGGUAAAUCUAAUAGAUCUAAUUAUUGUGACAAAAAAAAACCGCGUAGAAGUAAAAUCGAUUAUUGAAGAACAAUGCACAUUUUUUUAUAUCUUGUACAUGUACAGCGUGUUCGAUGGAAGCUGAACGAGGGUUCUUUUGCAAUAAUGACUAAAAUUAAUAUUAGGCGGAUGUAGGGUACUACUAUUUUUACGUGUGCUUAGUACGGUGAGAAUAAAUGUUCGGAGAAAUUCAAAAUCGACUAACUUUUUUUUAUUUCGUACACAAUCAUCGAGCGGAAUUUUGAAUUUCUCCCGCGUUUUUUUUAGAUAUCUACAAUUUAAAAUUUG